UGCAGCCUGCUACGAGGUUUCUGAUUUACGGUCAGGCAGGAGCAAGGGAGAAGUAAAACUUCUGGGGCAUACGAGUAACGAUCACCAUACCCCCCGAGGGCUGCUACAGGAACAAACAGGAUAACAACACAAGGAAGGAACCACUCGACUGUUCACAGAGUUGAGAAGAGGCACGUGAUCUUUUCUCUUCAGCUGUGAAAGACAACUGGAAAAGACUGAAAACUCCACUUAAAUGAGGAUUAUUGGACGUGCAGGAAAGCCUCCACAUACAGAAAACUGAUGCAAAGGACUUUGGAUACUAAUACAGGUAUUUUUCUGGAGUUGCUGUAUACUUCUCGGUAUUUUACACCAUAAAGCCGAACCACACAAACUGAGCCUUCUUCACUAUUUCAGGACUUUUCUUGCUACUCAAAUGAAAUGUAAAAUUUCCCAACCUGUGGCACAUGGUUGAACUUGGAUUUUAUGACUGACAAGUAUACAAAAGGAUAUUUUAUUUUUUUUAUUCUGUAAAUGUUGAAAACUUUCUAGCCUGGUCUAAAAAUGUAUAGUGCCACACAAACUCAUACCAGCAGCCUUAUGAGUGUCAAUCACAAUCACAUGAAUUGCAACAAGAGUGAUGACUUCAAGUACCCUCUGUACAGCUCAGUUUUCAGCCUGGUGUUUCUAGUUGGACUAUUCUUCAACAUGGUGGCAGUAUAUAUUUUUGCCUGUACGCUGAAGCUGCGGAACGAGACCACGACAUAUAUGAUAAACCUUGUCGUUUCAGACUGUCUCUUUGUCCUCAGCCUGCCUUUCCGGAUAGUUUACUUCAUUAAACGUGAGUGGUUAUUUGGAAGUGUGCUCUGCAAGAUAUCUGUGGCCCUGUUCUACACCAACAUGUACGGCAGCAUCCUCUUCCUCACCUGCAUCAGUGUUGAUCGUUUCCUGGCCAUUGUGCACCCGUUUCGGUCCCAAACUAUUCGUACUAAGAGGAAUGCCAGGCUGGCCUGCUUGACAGUGUGGGUGAUGGUUCUUUCUGGCAGUGUACCUACUGGGUUCCUUUUGGACACAACUUCACCCACAAAUGCCAACUCCUCCUCAAACUUCUGCUUUGAAAACUACUCUAAAAAGCAGUGGAAGGCUGAGCUGUCCAAAGUGGUGGUGUUCAUUGAGACUGUGGGCUUCAUCAUCCCAUUGAUGGUCAAUGUCUUCUGCUCUGUCAUGGUGCUACGGACACUGAGGAAACCCCAAACCAUCAGCCGUGGAGGGAGCCUCAACAAGGCAAAAAUCUUGAGGAUGAUCAUCGUGCAUCUGCUCAUCUUCUGCUUCUGUUUCAUUCCCUACAAUGUCAAUCUCAUUUUCUACGCCCUGGUCCGCUCCAAUGUCCUAAAGGGAUGCUACGCAGAAUAUGUGGUCAGAACAAUCUACCCCAUUGCUCUGUGCAUAGCGGUGACCAACUGCUGUUUUGAUCCGGUCAUUUACUACUUCACCUCAGAGACCAUUCAGAGCUCCAUCAAACGCAAGUCCACAGUAUGGCACAACGGUGUCAAGUUAUUCGACCGACUACAGACAGAGAGCCCACAGUGCAGUCCAAAAAUAACACCUAAAAGCCUGCCCCUGAGAUCCACAAAGUUGCACAGUGAAUCUACUGUCUAACAACAAUUUUAUUACAGUUUGCAAAUGAUUAAUAAUUCAGUAUUGCUGGUGAAACUCGAAUUGAAUUGGAGGACGUAGGUGGAAGCAGAGUGGCUUUGGAGAUCACAUGAACACAAUGGUUACUAAGGAGUCACUCUCCCAACUACCGGACACCAGAGACUUUAGACUGGGAGUGAUCACUGUUCAGUCAAUAAAAGAGUGGAACAAGUCUAAGAGGAAACUAAUAACGCAUGUUGCAGCAUAAAUGCCGUUUAUCAGGGUAACAAUUCACAACCCACAAGUAUGUUUCAUUCUAUCAGUGAGUCAUCAAAUGAGUUAUAAUGUGUAUUAGUAGCAAUGGCAGGUGUGUACGCCAUCAUUUAUUUGCAUGGUGCAGAAAAGAAUUUUCAGCUUUUGCACACAAGACAUUGAAAUUGUAAUCUUGUCCCUUCAAACCGAUUCUCCAUUAGGAAAAUUCAGUUUUGGCAAUGUUGAACCAGUAUUACAACAAUUUAUAUGUACUGUACUGUGCAGCUUCUAAGUAGCUGUGGCCUCCCUAAGGCUUUAUAAGCACUUUAUAGAGCAGCAUGCUCUAUAACACCCUUUACCCUUUAUACUUAAUAAAAAAACUUAACUUAAAAAGGUUAUUGAGUUUGAAAUUCACUACUAGUUUGAUUUGAGUCAGGUGUUGUGAAAUAUUUGACAUAAACAAGAUGUUCAUAUGUCGCUUUCCUUGGGUGAUACCAAAUCAUUUGUCUAGACUUGAUUAUUCAUACAUGUAUUAACAGUACAACUACAGGUACUGUGGGUGGCCAGGCCCAUAAAUGCACAAUGAGUCAACAGGUCUUAAAAUGUAGACUGCAGGUGCGGUCAAUGUUUGACAGCUGCACUGCUCGGGCCAACAGUGCAGUAACAAUGCCAAUGGACUUAUCUAAAUAAGUGGUUAUUUCUGUAGAAAAUUCUGGGACGUUGAAAAACAUGAACUUGACACAGAAUAUUCCUUAUAGUGUUUCAUAGUGUUUGAACAAAAAUGGGGGAAAAAAUCAGACUAAAAUAAAUAAAUGAAGUGAAGUUUGAUUAUAAUUUAAAGGAAUCUAAGCCAGACUGAUCCGAUGCCUGUUUCCUAACAAGUAACGUGAAAACACAGCUCACUGUGUAAAUGAAAUACGGUGCAGCUUGAAUAUUUGUUCCUUCUUGUAAAAGCAAUGUGCUGCAAGACCGAGCACUACUGCAUUCCUGUUGAAAAGCUCAGCCUGAGGGUCUGCCCUGACAGGGGUAGACUCAUCAUCACCACUGCACUGAUGAAGAAGGAUUGUGAAACCAAAGCAGACGAGCAACAACAUGCCUCUUGAGGGAGAAGGUUUAAAAAAAGAGAGCACAGUGCUGGUUGCUGCAAUCCUGAGACUUAUCCAGAAUAGAAAUUUAAAACUUGCAUCCUUGAGACAAAUAAAACAAUAAAUGAUCUAAAGUCUUAUUUUGCAAUGUUUGGACUACACUACAAAUAUGUUUACAUUCAGGAUGCAGCUGGACUUUCUCUACCCAGCACAAAUGAAAUAUUUUUACUGGUUUCAUCAUUUUUGUGCAGAAAGUUAUUCUGACUCAAAGCAGACAUGAUGAAAACAAAGCCUUGUGAUAUUUAAGAAUAUAUUAAUAUUAUAUAACAAUCAAAAUCUAAUGAUGAGUUUAUACAAUGUGCAAAGAGGGUUUAUUGAAUUUAAUAUAAGAAACACACCCUAACAUUUCCAUUUGUAAUGAUAAUGCUAAGAUUUAUUUUUAUGUGCACUGCAGAAUAAAUCUUAA